CUUUGAGAGGAAAUCUGCAAGAGAGCACUGCAUGAAAGCCAUGCGGACAGCCGGGAGCAGCGAGAAGUGGGGACAGGGAAGUGACAGCCUGUCCCCAGCAGGCUCAGUUGCAGCUUCAGAACCUGGCGGCUCUGAGUUCCAGUCCCGCCUGGCCUGGGCAAGGCACUUCCUUUCUCUCAGCCCCCAUUCCGGGGUCCGCCUGGGGUUCUAGCAGCCGGCGGUGCCCUCCCCAGCCCCGUGGAAGAUGCCGGAGCAGAGCAACGACUACCGCGUGGUGGUGUUCGGGGCCGGCGGCGUGGGCAAGAGCUCGCUGGUGCUGCGCUUCGUGAAGGGCACGUUCCGCGACACGUACAUCCCCACCGUCGAGGACACGUACCGGCAGGUGAUCAGCUGCGACAAGAGCGUGUGCACCCUGCAGAUCACCGACACCACGGGCAGCCACCAGUUCCCGGCCAUGCAGCGGCUGUCCAUCUCCAAGGGGCACGCCUUCAUCCUCGUCUUCUCCGUCACCAGCAAGCAGUCACUGGAGGAGCUGGGGCCCAUCCACCAGCUCAUCGCGCAGAUCAAGGGCGGCGUGGAGGACAUCCCCGUCAUGCUCGUGGGCAACAAGUGCGACGAGACGCAGCGGGAGGUGGACACCCGCGAGGCCCAGGCCGUGGCACGAGAGUGGAAGUGCUCCUUCAUGGAGACCUCGGCCAAGAUGAACCACAACGUGAAGGAACUCUUCCAGGAGCUGCUCACGCUGGAGACGCGGCGCAACAUGAGCCUCAGCAUCGACGGCAAGCAGAAGAGGACAGAGCGGGUGAAGGGCAAGUGUACCCUGAUGUGAGACGGAUGGACGGACGCACGCACGCCCCCGGCUUCCCGCUGCCUCCCCUGUGCACUCACCCCCACCCCAUCCCUCUCUCUCCCUCUUGUCUCCAUCUCCUCUGCUUGUCUCCCCGUUGCCCCACAUUUGGAGAAAACCCAGCCAACUUCUCUCUCGGCCGGGUAAACCGAGGCCAGGGACGUGUCCCCCCACACACACCUGGCAGUUCUCCCUUCUUCCCCCUCCCCCACUGCACCCCCAAAUCAAGUGCUGGAGGCGGCCACCUCCUUCUGCAGACAGAAGAUGGGGAGCUGGCCAGGGGUGAGGCUGUCUCCUGCCCCUGGGCGCCCCCAGCCAGGCCUCACCCCUGCCCCCCACAUUUGAUCACUGUGACCCUUCACGGAGGGGGAUGGGGACCAGGAGUCGAUGUGGAUCGACCUUAUGUUUUCUUUUUUCUCCUCUUUGGUGUUUAGUGCCCCCUCCCCACUCCCCAGCCCCCCCGUCUCUCGUGAGCUCCAGCCUGUGCCCCACCCUCCAGUUCACCCCCUCGCUCCUGUCCCCACAGCUCAGGGGGUGGGGGAUCCGCGGGAUGGGCCCCAGGCCCCACCCCCGGCAAUAACAUCAGGGGCCGCCGUGGCACCCCACCAGCCCGGAACCCCAUGCCUCGCCCCACUGGGAUUGGGGUGGACCCGUCCCCACCACCCACCACGGGGGUCAGGCCAGGACCCAGACCUGGGUGGGGGGUCUCGGGGGCAGUCAGAGACGCUGGCCGAGACCCCGUCCAGGGGCAGGAGAAGGGGACCCAGCACCAGCCGGGAUUGGAGGGGACAGGGAAGAGCUCUGUCCAGCCUGAUUGGCUCCCUGAGUGUACCCCACUCUCCAGGUGGCCCAGAGAGGGGGCUCUGGGGGGCCCAGGCGAGUAGUGUGGUCCCCACUCAGGAAGGCCGUGCAUCCUGGAGUCGGGGUGUGUCUGCAACCGCAAGUCUGGGUGUUUCCAUGAGAACAUCCAGGUGUGACCCCACGGGGCUGUGUCUGACAUGGAUGGAGGUGGCUCAGAGGCCUGCAGGGGCUGCCCCCGGCUCAGCCUCUGUGUGUACUAUUUGCUCUGUGUGCACGGAUGAGCAAGCGUGUCUCAGCGUGCGUCCAUAUGCGUACCUGUGUGUGCAGCUGUCUUUGGGAUGGUGUGUCUUUGCAACAGUCUGUGUCAUAACGGCCAUAGGGCGUGUGUGGGCAAGGAAGACAUGAGUACGUGUGUGCGCUCGUUUGUGAUGUGUCUGAGUGAAUCUUUGCAUGUUUGUGAAUGUGAUUACGAGCGACACUCUUGGGCAGUGGGUGACACGAUUUAUUUGAGAGCAUCUGUAAUCCUAUCGGUUCUGACUGUCUGAGGAGCACUGGAUCUUUCUGACUCGGCAGUGCGGUGGCUCUCGGCCCCGGAUGUGUAUCAGUCAGCUACUGCUGCGUAACAAAGGGCCACAAACUUAGCACAAUUAUUAUCUCACAGUUUCUGUGGGUCAGGGGUUAGUUCCAGUGUGAGUUGGCUGCACAGCUCACUGGGCUGUGUCCUCAUCUGAAAGCCCGAGUAGGGACGGCCCGUUUCUAAGCUCACGUGCUCGUAGCUGGCACUUGGUUCCUCGUGGCUUCAGGAUGGAUUGUCUCGGUUCUUUGUUGGGUGUCCACUGGAGGCCACGCUCAGUUCCUUGCCACGUGGCCUCUCCAUGGGGCGGCUCAGGGCCAGCUGGGGAAAGGAAGUUUCCUAGCGUGAGAUGCAUUGAUGUCUGUUAGGGUGUGACAGCGUGUGUGAGAGCUGUGUGUGUGUGUGUGUGUGUGCGCGCUCACGCACACUGGGACUGCGGCUGUGUGUGUGCCCAGCCUUGUGGCUGUAUUGUCACGUGGGCCGUGGGUAGGUGGGAGGGCCCAUGGCUGACUGGGUGACCGUGUGUGAGCUUUUCUCUGCGUCCCUGUGAUGGUUCACUCGGCGGUUAUUUAGUGGGUGCCGUGAGAAGUGGGUGAGUCUGUGUGUGCACAAGUGUGUGUGGGUGACUGCAGAAAAGCUGGUAGUGUCGUGUCUGGGCAAAACCGAGACCCCCGAUCCUUCGGCUGUUCCGGAACCCUCCGGCAGCUGGUAGUGUCCCCUUUGACACCCUGGAAGCUGUUCUUGGGCCUCGAAGGCACCUGAGAGGGUGAGGCCAAGGCAGGGGUCCGCGGCCCUUUCUCAGGGACACACCCUGAUAGCACAAUCUCUCCGGGGCCCUGCCCCCUCUCCGGACCUCCCCCGCCCCAGGCCUGGCCGGACCCUGGGAGAGAGGCACCCCCCAAGGGGAGGAGGGCACGGGGGACUGGGCCCUGCCUGCCCGGGCAGCCCUGGGGCUGGGGACCGUGUGUGCCAGGCUGAGCUUGCUGUGACCCCCCACCCCUGGCCCUGCUCCCGUGCAUGUGGGUGCCCCCUGCCCCCCACCCCUUAUGGGGUCUGUGUAGCAUUUGCUCUAGAAUAGUCUUCCUUCAAUAAAGAAAUGGAUCCUG